UUUUUUGGGCAACUCUGGAAACAAGUUUUUUUUUUAUGGAUUGCUGUUGUUGUCUGGACUUUCAUAGGAAGUGCAGGGUGUGGACUCAUUUCUACAUUAAACAAUGAUUUUAUUUUCGUUUGCAGUUGGAAAUUAGCUUUUUUCGACUGCUAUGAUCUAAGUGUCUAUUUCAGCUCCCGGGGUGUUUGCAAUUGACAGGGGCAGCUGAACUGCACAGAACGCUCAUCAACUCUGCAAAGGGCUGCAAAUUAUUGUCUGCUUGCAAUCUACUUGCAUCUUUAUAUGGACGUGCUUCUUAACGAGAUUUACAUAUCCCAGGGUCAUGAGUCAGAAGACGGCAUCAGCAUAUUUUGUAUCUAUCUCCUUCUGUCCUCAUUUGUAAUCUCAUCUCUUAUUUAUUUAUUGUUUUUGACCAUUUGUUUUUUCAACGUGGAGAGAUCUCCGUGUUUGUAUGAGUCUUGAUUACCAUGAAUCAGCAGCCUCAGCAGAAGGCUUCACAUAAAAGGACAGGAAAAAAGAUUCGUUUUUUUAAUGAACCACAAGGCCUUCAGGUGUCAAACAAAGAGCCUCAGUUAAAAGAGCAACAGUUUUAUGACGCGACGGGUAGGUUGCCAAGCUCCCAGGCUUCAGACUUUUCCAAAUCGGACAGUUUUACUUCUGCGCCUUCCAACAUGUUGAAUUCUGCUAUGUACACACAGGCCAUAGCUGACACAAUGAGGAUGAAUCAGCAUCAAGUUCCUGGCAAGUGGAGUUUACCAGAAAGGACUGAUGCCUCUUGGCAAUCGCAGCCUGCAGGUAUAUGGACUCGAAAUGCAGGCGGAUAUGGGGUCACAAUGCCUUCCUAUUACAAUCCCCAUGAGACCAUAAAGAGGAAUCAGGACAAGGGGGUAGGAAUGUCUCAGUUAGACAUGUACGGUGAUGCUAUCCAGCAAAUGAUGUCUCAGAAAGCUCAUCUGGGGCAGCAUACAUUUGCCCGGCAGCAGGCCCAUCUAAACUCUCUUUUUCAAGCUCAGCAGCAGCAACAACAACAACAGCAGCAGCAGCAAAAUCAGCACCUGUCUUUGCAGCCUUUUCAGAUGGCAUUCGGGCAUCAGAAACCGGCACUUUUCCAUGUUUUUCCUGAAGCACCGUCAAAUGUUGCUUACGCAAAUCAACAGAAACAGCAGACAGCUCUACCUCAAAUGCAAGUGUUUGAGAAUUUCUAUCCUGCGCAGCAGCCGCAACAGCAAACGGCUUAUAACAUUCAGCAAGCAGUUGCAAUGAGCCAGUCUCAUGGGGUAGCACAGCAAAAUAUGCACGGGAUGAGCCAGUCACAGCUUGCUCAUACGACGGAGGAAUACAUGAAGGCUUAUGCAGAGCAGAACCAGCAGCCUGUGCUGCCUAAAACACAGAUACCAUUACCAAGGCGCUCGCGUAGACUUUCCAAAGAAGGGCUCCCUCCAGUACCUCCCUCAGAGGUCAGCCAGACUACUAAUGUGGUGGAACGGAGGACUAACCCAUAUGUGCAGCAUUCAUAUGAGCCUGCAAUGCAACAUCCAGCAGAAACCCAUGAACAGUACAAGAGUGGAUAUGCUCAUCUACAGAGGGAGGCUCAGGUGGCUACUCAAGAAAGCAACUAUGGAAGCCACGCAGAACUAGAAAAAGCUUCAAUGCAUCAAAAUGGCAGAAUGCAGGAGGCACACAUUGUGACUGAGCAAAAUGAGACUGCAGGUGGCGCUAUCACAGGAGGAGUGAUUCAGACAACACGAAGAAGACGCAGGAUAUCCCAGGAAGCCAAUUUAUUAACACUGGCACAGAAGGCAGUAGAAUUGGCUUCCCUUGAAAUCGCUAAGGAUGCCAGUGCUGCAGGAGACAAGAAGAAUAACCAAACUUCCAAAAGCGCUGCAGACUUUGCGGGUGGUUCACCCAGCAAGCGACCUAAGGGAGAGGGGGAUUUAAGACCUCUUGUAAUGCCAGUGUCUGUACCAGUGAAAAUGGGUGUAGGGAAAGAAAAGGCUGAAAAUGGAAGAACACAGAUUGCCGUCGUGCCUGACAGAGACUGUGCAACAGCUAAGCCUUCUGUUAUAGUGACCCGGCACAGAGCCGGCCACACAGGAAUCCCCGAACCGUCAUUACAGGCUAAUGAAACCUCACCACCUUCUGAAGGAGAAGCCAUAUCCCGGAAACCCAAGCAACGACCAAGACCAGAGCCUCUGUUCAUCCCUCCCAAAGCUGGCACUUUCAUUGUUCCUGUCUUAUACUCUAACAUUACCCCAUACCAAAGCCACCUUCGUUCACCUGUACGACUUCCUGAUCACCCAUGUGACCGAAACUUUGAGCUGCCACCCUACACACCUCCUCCUAUACUUAGCCCUGUUCGUGAGGGUUCUGGACUUUACUUCAAUACCAUCAUAUCUGCCAGUGGGCAUUCUAUGCCUCCACCAAUCACUCCUAAGAGCUCCACACGAACUCUACUGAGGUCCACUAGCAUUGAGGAAAUGCCACCUUUACUUACAGCUGUGGGAGAAGCAACCCCAGUUAGCAUAGAACCGCGAAUUAACAUUGGUUCGCGAUUCCAGGCAGAAAUUCCAAAUCUCCGAGACAGAUCCUUAGUGGCUGGAGAUAAGCACAAAGCCGACCUGGUGUGGUUUCCCUGGGAAGAUUCAGGAAGCUGCCAUGGUAAAGUGGAAGAGUUGCUCACUGCAGCAUGUUCCAGUAUCGUUCCUGGAGGAGGCACCAAUCAAGAGCUGGCGCUUCAUUACCUUCAUGAGUCAAAGGGCAACAUAUUGGUCACUUUAACUAAGCUGCUUCUUAAUAAGCCAAGACGGAAAAGGGACCAUCCUCUUGCUGACUAUCAUUACUCUGGCUCCGAUAAGUGGACUGUUUCUGAGAAGAGGCUCUUUAAUAAAGGAAUGGCUAUCUACAAGAAAGAUUUCCUGCUGGUUCAGAAGCUGAUUAAGACAAAAACAGUGGCUCAGUGUGUGGAGUUUUACUAUGCCUACAAAAAGCAGGUGAAAAUUGGACGGAAUGGAAUUUUAAUUUUUGGAGAUAUGGAGGCUGAAACGGAUGAGAAAAUUCCGAGAGAGGAUUCAGAAGUGGAUAUAAAGAGUUCUCAACGCCUUGUACCAGUUAUCCCUCCCAGAAGAGACGCAUUGAGAGAGGAAACUUCAGAUUUGGAUGUUGCUGUAAAGGAGGAAGAGGAGGAGCAGGAGAUUCAAACGAAACAGGAAGUGGAGAGGAAAGAGGAGAAGGUGCAGAUGACACAGGCUUCUCCCCCAUCAAAGGUUACUCAGACUCUACAGGCCACUGACACUGUGAACAAUAUCCUUCUACUACAAAAACAGGAGCCUGAAACAAAGGUGACAGACAACACACCAAAGCCCAGGGGAAGACGGCCACGGAAGAAAUUUCCUCCUGAUGGAGCAAAGAAACCUGAGGUUUUAAACAAACCUUCAGAGCAAGAGGGCAGUUUCCCAUGUAAAAAGUGUGGCAGGGUAUUCCUCAAAGUGAAAAGUCGCAGUGCACACAUGAAGAGCCAUUCGGAGCAAGAGAAAAAAGCUGCUGCGCAGAAGCAAAAUGAGAUGGCGGCGGCACAGGCAGAAGCCGCGUUACAGGCGAGUCUGCAGCGCAGAGAGAGCUCUGACAGCAGCAGCAGUAGCGAGAGUGACAGCUCCAGUUGCAGCAACAGCUGUGACAGUUCAGAUGAUGGAGAGAUAUAACCCACAUACUCUGAUCGUUGGGCAGUGAGGCUGGAUCCUCGCUUUCUUUCUCAUACUUUUAAUCUUGUAGGGCUGAAAUUUUGAUUUAUUUGUUCGGUGUAACUUUCUCGGUGAGAAUCAACCUUUGUGGAUAAUUUAAGUGGACUAAGGAAUUUAUAUCUUUUUAAGUUAAAGUAUAAAUAUUUAUUAGGGAACCUGUACUUUGAAAAAGAAACCAAUGUUUUUUUCUAUUCUACGUAUGUGCCUGUAAAGAUUACCAAUAAUGAACAAAAUCUGCAAUUUACAAACUCUUGUCAUUACUAGAGGGAGAAAAAAGAGAUUGUAACCAUAUAGAGAAAUCCUUCUCUAAUACCAUUUUUUUUAUCACAUUUCUUUAUUAACACUUUCCGUCAUGAACGCAGUAUAUUUUGCACAGGAUUAAUAUUGUUUUACCACAAAUUUUGUAUGGAGUUUCCUGCAUACCAUUUAAAGAAUUCACUUUAAAGUGUUUCAAGAAGUUGUAUUAUAUAUUAAAAUAAAAAAAGUCUGUAUUUUUAUGGUCACCAUCUUUGGUGUUGCAAAGAGGGGCUUGCAGUAAAUGACAUAUAUUUCGCAUUCUUGAUUUCUUAUUAAUGGAUUCAAUUAAAAUGCAACCCCAGCAUAGGGUAUGGGGAGAAUAUAAUGCAAAUUAAAAGAUGUGUACAUAGAAUGUGUAUUAUAUAAAUAUAUUUUCUGUUUUGUAAAAAAAAAAAAACUUUUUAUGCAUAGUUGACAAUCUGUAUCUGAAAGAUUUUGGUAGUGUGUAACCAAUAUUCUGAAAUGUUAACUGCCUUAUAUAUAUAUAUAUAUAUUUUAUUUUUUUUGUCACUUUGAUAUGAGCGCAUGAAUUUGAGUAUUUUUAUAGGCAGUUACUGUGACAAAUUAACCUAAAUGCAGUAUUUUAACAGGUUUGGUUCUAUUAACAUUUGUAACUUCCAAAAGCAAUGUGACUUAUCCGCCAAGAGAAGAGUGCAAGCUCUUUAUAAACCCUGCUUUGCCAAGGUAUCGUGUAAGCCAGACAUCCUCAAACUUGGCCCUCCAGAGGUUUUGGAGCUACAUUUCCCAUGAUGCUCGGCCAGCAUAUCAGCUGGCUGAGCAUCAUGGGAAAUGUAGUUCAAAAACCUCUGGAGGGCCAAGUUUGAGGAUGUCUGGUGUAAGCCAACCAUCACUUUUAGCUGAUAAAGACACUACAGACAGCUGUAGAUUGUAGGCCCCUCAAGAUCCCUAUGGACUGAACCGUUGAAUUUGAAUCAGUUAGAACUAUGUUUGAGGGCAAACAAUAGCUAGAUUGAUUUAGACUUCUGAGCAUUAAGGGCAAAUACAGAAUAGAAUGUUGGAUUCAAAUCUGUAUACUGUUUGCUGCUUCAAUUUGUUAUCUGAAUUAUUUUUUUAUGGCUUCUUUAAAAAUGUGUUCACUAUCAUAAAAUAUGUAGAAAGUUUGA